AUUUUCCACCAGCACUCACCCUUGCCCUGGGCUUCAGCAGUGAUCAGCAGCUGUUGCAGCACCAGAGACAGAGCCAAGGCUCCAGGCCACACACCCAUCGUCACGACUUCAGCGUGGGACGCACCUCGGAAGAAGAUCUCCUCUUGGAAGCGACAAGUUCUAACCGCCUGUGACGGACGGACAAGGCCGAGCGUCCUGAUGUAAGAGGCGAAAUCACAGCAGAGAUAGGUGUGCCUGUUUAGAGGCGUGACGUCACAUCAUCGCCAUCUGACGUAGCGUGACGUCACACACGCUGGAGCCAACAUGGCGGCUGCCAUGGAGCUGAGAUGCUGGGGCGGCGACUGGGGUCUGCCGUCUGUCCACAACGAGUCCCUCGUAGUCCUGGCCUAUGCUAAGUUUUCUGGGGCUAAAGUCAACGUUUCUCCUAUAGACUGGACAUGGAAAACCCUAACAGCAACAGUCCCCGAGCUGCUUUGCGGCGAUACUUCAGUAAAAGAACCUUCUCAGAUUCUUGCCUUUCUGAGGAAACAGAGGUUUAAUGCAGACUAUGAGCUGAGCGCAAGACAUGGAGCCGACACCAUGGCGUACAUCGCUCUCCUCCAAGAGAAACUACAACCUGCAUUGUUGCACACUUUCUGGUUGGACGCAGACAACUAUGCCAAUCUGACACGGCCAUGGUUUGCGUCCCGUUCGCCGUUUCCACUAAAUUUCCUCGUCCCCAGUCAUCAUGCCAGCAUCGCCCUCACCCGCAUACUGCUGACCAAAGGAGAGUCACCACAACGAAGAAUUACAGAAGUAGAAGGAAAGCUCUACAGUGACGCCAAGGAAUGCCUCAAUCUCCUCUCCUACAGACUGGGCACAGCAAACUACUUCUUUGGCAACUUGCCCACCAGCCUGGAUGCUUUUGUCUUUGGGUUUGUGGCUCCACUCCACAAGGCCCACCUCCCCAACAGCCCCCUGCAGAGUCACCUCCGGCAGCUGGAGAACCUCAUGCACUUCUGCGACAACAUCCUGUCCGUCUAUUUCAACCCGGCCAACCCUAGUCUUCCCCCAUCUGUUCAGGAAACAAUGGAUGCCAACCUCCAGAAACUAACUCAGCUUGUAAACAAAGAGUCCAACUUGAUAGAAAAGAUGGAUGACAACCUGCGCAGCAGCCCUCAGCACAAACCUCACCGGCCAGAGCUCAAGCCCAGUCCGAUCAUGGAAAAAAGAUUGACACCUGCAUAACCCCUGACCUCUGACACCCCCUCCAAUAAGCCUGCCUUACGAACAAAGAAGCGAAGCCCGCCCCGGGAGAUGCAAAGGUACAACUCCCAAUCCGACUUAAUGACCGCCAUCAACGCGAGGCACCACGUAACUGUCCAAAAUGAGAAGCCCUGUUUGAAGGUAAUGAUGAUGGCUUUCAAAGAUGUCAAUUUGGAAAAAGAGCGCGGCGUAAGCUCCCUUUUUAAAAGGCUGCACGCACGAUGGCGGUUAAUGAUGGAAUGGAAUUAUUAUGAACGAAUGCUCAAAGAGAAAGACAGAGAAUGUUGAGAAGGAAAUGAAAAGUGCUGCAAGGGAAAGAAAGUGGUGCUACUUGAGAGUUUUUAGUUUAGCUCCUUCUUUUUCAUAGGGGAAUAUCACCCCUUUCCUUUCUUUGACCUUGCACUAAAACUUCAUCUGGCGUUGUACAAAGGCUUUAGUUGUUUAGAAAUGUAUUACACUAUUAUUUGUAACUGAAGUUAUGCAUGCAACCCUGUUGAAAAGCGUGUACAGUUGUAAAUACAGUAUUUAGAGUAUAUGAAUAAUGCUAUGUGCUCAUAAAGGGCUCAAGAGAGCGUUUGCUUGCUACACUGUGGGGAUAAAAAGGGCCUUCCUUAUUCACUGUAUAAACGUAUCACUGUAUACAUGAGUGUGUGCGCGUGCGUGCGUGCGUGUGUGUGUGUGUGUGUGUGUGUGUGUGUGUGUGUGUGUGUGUGUGUGUGUGUGUGUGUGUGUGUGUGUGUGUGUGUGUGUGUGUGUGUGUGUGUGUAGGGUUGCACAAUUAAUCAAAUUUUAAUGCCACGAUUAAAUGAGGUCGAUGGUCGCAGGGUUAACAUUUAAAAAGCAGGCUGCGGUGCAUACCAAAUCAAGCACUUUCGCAGCUGCGGAGGCAGAUAAGCAACAACCUCUCGUCUUGAAGACCCUGUGAAGCGGCCCACGCCAGAGGCCAUUGUGGAUGAGCACAGAGCUCUAUGACCACGCCGACCACCUCACCAGCCGGCUUUAACAAACUUUUCCCGGGCCUUGUUUCAUGAGAGCAACUUUUUCCACUGAGAGCUACAGACUGACAAAGGAUGCACAGGCCAUUUUGGUAGUUUUCACCCCAAAAUCAGUACAAUAUGUAGAUUAUUUUCAAAGAACUAGAAAGUGCAAUUUUGGUAGACAUUUUGUGUGAAUUCUCAAGAGCUAAAGCCGAACUGAAAUGCUAACAGUUAGCACGCUGGCAUUAUAUAGUGUCAAGUAACAAAAAAUUUAGGCAAAAUGAGCUAAAAAAAAUUAAAAAUAAAUCUAGCAGGCUAACCAUACUAUGCCAACAAUAGCAUGCUUACAGUUAGCAUUAGUGAAAUACCGAAAUGUAUGACACUGAGGUAUACCUGCUAUAUUAGCUAAAAAGGUAGCAUGCUCUUGUUGACAUGCUAAGAUGCUAACUGUUACUUGCGUCAAGUACCAAGAUUCAUUACUCUGAGGUGUGUACCUGAAUAAUGUCUUUAAAAUGCUAGCCUGCUCAUGUUAGCAUGCAUCAAGUGCCAGAAAUAUAAUUGAGGUGGGAAUGCGGGGAUGUAAUAUUGCGCUUUGAAGAACUCUUUCAGAACUACAAUCAACACACUAAAUAACGUUCUUUUUUUAUAUAUUGUCAUACAAUUGACAUGUUUCACACUGCAAACAAUCAAAUGUAUGAUUAGGUCAACAAGGUUGUCCAAUUGGUACAAAUACUUUUUUAUGGCUUUGAAGAAAAAAAAAAUUCAUAAAUGUAUAAUAGUAAGUACUGUAAGGGAAUCAUGUAAUGAGAAAAAUAUUAAAUAUGAAUACUAAUUAUGAAAAAAAAAAAACUCAUAUUUGUCUUUAGGUUAAUGGAUACUGUAUAUUUUGCCUUUUUAUUAGACUAGUUCAUCACAAAUGACAUGACUUCACGUCCACACUCUUAAUAAUAUGGAUUUUAAUAUUGCUUAUAACUGUGAUUAUUGCAGCCGUGUGUGUGUUACUGUGUGACUGUGCGUGCGUGCGUGCGUGCGUGCGUGCGUGCGUGCGUGCGUGCGUGCGUGCUUAAUUACCUCCUCAUGACCUAUAAGCCUGUGUCUUUACGCGUGUCGUCAUUGUUAGCGUUUUGCCGUGCCUGCAAUAGUCUCCUGUCUUUCAUUUUACUCUACUUUUUUAUUUCAUAUUUAAUUGUUAACAUGGGUAUUGGACCUUAUGGCAAUGUCACAACCUUUCUGUUUCAGUCUGUGUGCAGUAAUAUAUUUAACUUUCACCAGAGAUACAUUCCAUUCUUUUAAAGCAACAAAUUCUAAAACACACACACACACACA